AUCAUCCGGCCCAUGGUCGGCAUUAGUUCUCCGCAGCCGUACGCCAUCUCACGCACACAUUCGUCCAUCAGAUACUUGUGCACUUCCACCAAACCCACCGACCAAAUCGUCAUGAAGUUCCAAUUGUCUCUCGCUGUGCUCGCCAUGGUCGCCGUGUGCUUCAACGCCGUCGUCGCCGAUGAAGCUAAAACUCAAUCCACUGCAGCUAAAUCCACCAUCAAAAGGAGCAAACGUGGUCUGUUCGCACCGCUGGUCACCUCUCCUUACGUGGCAUCGUACGCACCCGCAUCUCCUUACUUGGCCGCACCUUAUGCAGCAGCCCCUUACGUCACCGCCACUUACACCGCCGCUCCUUACGCGGUCGUCUCCGCCCCGUACGCCAUCGCCUCACCGUACGUCUCAUCAUACGCCACCUACCCGUACGUUUCCAAGACUUUCUCGUCUCCGUACGCGUACUACCCAUGAGCGACUGUCUUCCGAUAUCUGAAUUUGACUGGAACCAACAAGACAUGAACAGACAAACUCUAAACAAUCGAAAAUAAAAUUAAAGAAAUUUAUUAUUAUUAUUAUAGUAUAACCUGUGGUUCAGUAGAAAUACCUAUGUGUAUUCGAAAUUGUGACAUUUUGUUGAGAUGUAAAUAUAGUUUUAAUUUAUCAAAUAA